AUGGAGUUAAGGUUUGUGCAAACUAACCUAAACCAUUGUCGGGCAGCCCAGGACCUUCUGGGGGAGUUCGUAAGAACGGAGGACAUCGCGGUGGCGCUGGUCAGUGAGCCGCAAGGUGGUGGACGAGCUGGCUGGCACUACGACACUACGGGUCGUGCUGCCGUGAGUGUCUUCCGCCCGGGACUCACGCUCAGAGAUGUCGAAUCGGGUGACGGGUUCGUAGCAGCUACCGUAGGAGGCGCGGUCCGAGUCUUCAGCUGUUACGCUUCCCCCGCCCUGUCCGUCGCUGAAUUCCAGGAAUUUCUGGGYCGUCUCGAGUCCUCCGUUAGGCGGCAUCGCGGCGCGGGAGUCGACCUCAUCGUUGGGGGAGACUUCAACGCCCGAUCAGCGUCCUGGGGGGACCGCCUGAUGGAGGCGCGCGGUGAUGACCUGUCAGCGCUCGCCGAUUCUCUGGGACUGAUCGUCCUGAACGAGGGGCGGGAACCGACGUUCUUCGGGAGGGGGUUGGGGUCGUGCGUCGACGUGACCUUCGCCACCGAAUCGGCUGCGAGGAAGAUUCGGGGGUGGACCGUGCGUACGGACGUUGAGAACAUGAGUGACCACCAUCACUUGUGUUUCUCGUAUCGCACCGGACGCACGCUCCCGGGCGUCCCAGGUGAUCCCACAGCGGCGGUGGCUGGUGGUCGGCGGCAUCCGGGUUGGUGA